CUAAGAUGCAGGGCAUUGUGCUGAUCUGGAUCCUGCUUCUGAUACACAGAGGUGAUGGUGGCACCAAACAGAAAUCUGCCAAUGUGGCUGACUCAAGUCAAUAUAUCACAAAGGAUGCUUUCAAGUUAACACAUAAAGAAGUGAAGGCAUUAAAGUACAUCCCUGAUGGGAAGUUCAACUCUAAGGAUUGCUUGGAGGUUUUAGCAAAUAUUGGCAAUAACUUCAUGGAUAAAGGUUGGUAUAUAAUUGCACCCCGCUUGAACAAUACCAAAGAGAAAAUCAAAGUUUAUUGUGAUCAACCAGAUGCAAAUGGC